AAACAUUUUUAUUUUGGAAUAAUUAUUUUCUAUGAAGGAUAAUAUUUAAGGAAAAUAUGAAAAACCGAGAGGGACUCAAACUAUUCACUUACAUUAUUUUACUUGUCAUUAUAAAAGAUAAUGUUGACGCUCAUAUUGGUUGUUACGUCUGCGACGAAUGCGCGAACCCUUUCAGCUCUCAAGUGACAGGAGUAUCAUUAAAUACAGAGUGCCGUUUUUGUAAGACUACACUUACUUAUAGUAAGAAUAUGGUGACAAUAAAUAUUGCAAAAUCAUGUGGUCAAAUGAAUGAAACUUGUGUAAAUAGAUACAUUGCUUGGUAUAAUACAACAACGGAAGAAAAUUGUUGUAUUACUGACUUAUGCAAUGCAUCUAAUGUUCAGUUUUCAAAGUCAAUAGUUGGUCUUUUCAUAUCUGGCUUAAUUAUCUUAUUAACUUGUUAAGUGUUAUAACACUACUCAAAUUAAGCACACUUUUAAAGGAUACAUACUAUCAAUCAACAACUGUCAAAGAUAAACAUAACUUUUGAAUAAAACAAUGUAAUCAUUUAAAUGAAGUAGUAUUCCACUUGUUUACUUUAUUGAUGUUGUUUUUUUUCAUUAUUUUUUAAUGAGCUACAUUCAUCUUAUCAUCCGCACACCAUUGUUUGCACACAAGUUACUUUGUAUUGAUUUUUUAUGUGCUUAAAUCUCACCAAUGUAGUAAGAUGACCUAUUGAUUAAUCCACCUGACCAUGAAUUAUGAGCUAAUUAUGAUGAGAAUUGUUUAUAAUAGGUGACCUACAGAUAGAUUUUGUUUUUCAAAUAAAGAAGUCGAGUGCCAUUAUCUGUAAAGUUAUUUUGGCGAGAUUAUAAUUUAUGGACGAACCAAUCAGAUUUAAGAUAGCAGGUCUUCGAUUUUGGUGCGAGAUUCAUCCACUCAUUUGGCCAAAUACCAUUAUAGCUUAUGUCAGUUCGUGAUGAAAACAUUAAAUAUAAUUUCUAAUCCUAACGUUCAACUGUAAAUCCUAAUCAUAGUUCCUCGCACUAAUUUAUAGCUCUGGUAAGUAGAUGGACAUUUUCAAAGUCAUUUUAGCGUUGCUCAAAGGUCGUUCAUAAAUUAUAGUCUCACCGUUGUUUUGUUUGCUACAUGAAAAGUAGUUACUUAAUUUAAUGAAAUAAUUCCUUCUCAAGAUUUUUGAAUGCAUUGCGAAAUUCUUCCACAAACAAAGAAGCUUCACCAUUGUUCAGUGGGUAAAACGGUUGUUGUCAUUUAUGACUUUCCAUAGUAUGACAUUUUAAAUUUACACUGAAAUAAAAAUCAUUACGAACUACCGAUUUUGUUUUAAUUACUAUAGAUAUUUGUCCAUUUGUACUUGACAUAAGACAGCUUAAAAUACAAUAUAAAACCAUAAGACCGGUGGGUGCUGGUCAGUUGUCUCAUACUUGCAGAAGACAAAUGCCUCAUGCUCCCUAGUUUUCAAAGGUACCUCAGCCAUUAGUAUGUGGCAAAAUACGUUUUUAAAAUAAACGGAUUACCACAGACUUCUCAAUCACACUAAAAUAAAACAAGCAGUUAUCCCUUCAUUUGUCUCUAAACUAAUUCUUAUUAUUCUGAGAUGAAUAAUGUAUUUUACUUGCAGCUUUGGUCUCAUACACAUCUCAAAUGGUAAACUUAACAUAGCCACUUUGGCUAUGUAAUACAUGAUUGUUGUACACAAAUUUUUGACAUUAGCACCUACGAAAGAGACUUUACGUUUAUAACCAAGGACCAGUACAUGUCAAACUGCUCAUCACAAUAUCCAACACCAUCAUUCAAAGAG